AGUUCCUCUUUUUAAUUUGCCAUAACUUACACGUUUUAACUGUUUUAGCACAAGGUCAUCCAAAUUUGUUUGUGCGAAAGUUGUCACUGUGAGAACAAACAUGGAGGUCGCUUCAAUGAAAAACAACCCGUUUUCGUUACUUUUUCCAACGGUGGAAGAAGCGUUGGAAUUUUCCCAACUUAAUCAAAAUGAAAAUGAAGAGGAACAAAUGCUCACUGACACUUCCCAUUCACUCGAUGUUUUGGAAAGAAUCUUUCUCUUUUCAAACCAACAUAGAGAUGAUUCUGAACUGAACUGCCUUGUUAUAAUGGAAGGGGAUGAAGCAGGGGAACUCCCCGAUCUACCGUAUUAUGAAAACAUGUUAUUCUCACGCCUCAUAUUAGACGAAGUAGAAAACAUUGUGUCGGUUCGUAACAUAUCAAAAACCAGUCAAGCGUAUCAAGAUGCAACGGAAUUGAAUCCGGUUUCGUAUUUAUUCGCUUCUUACCAGAGAUUGGCAGCAGAGAAACCCACUUCCCCCCCACAACUGCUACCAACCCUCCACAAAUGUCAUCAACUUAUCGUACGUACCCUCGUCACAUCUAUUCUUACCCCAGAGAUAUUUGAAGGCAAAGAUAUCACAGAGAAACGAUUGAUUCUUGGGAUAAUGAACCAGCUACAACAAGAACAACUCUACAAAAAUAUUUAUAAACAAAAAUCAAACAUCGUUGAAUGUUUAAAAGACGUUGUGUUUCAACUGAAGUCUGAAGGGACAGAUAUACAAAGAUUGUUUGACCCGAUGUUUAGGAAGAUUGUUCGAUUAAUAACUCAAGAGGAGUCUACCAUUGCCGAGCCCGACCUUAUGCACACCGUCGGUGUCCUUGCCUCACUUUCCACCAUCAGUGAAUUUGCCAACAUCAUUCUUACUUACAAAGGCAUACCACACAAUCCACUUACACCUACAAGCUUGUUAACUAUUCUAGGACUGUUGUUUCGUAAAUCAUCCUUGGUAACUGACCCCAACAAACCAACUCAUCCAUUCUUCAAUGAAAUAUCUACAUUACAACAAAGUGGAGUGGAGAGGGAAGAAGAAAGACUUCAAAUGUGCAUGGAUAAGUUCCACUCCCAUCUCCACGUUUUGUUCCGGAAUAUUCUCCGUCACCCAAGUUGUAGAACCAAGUUAUUGUCGUGGAUCAAUGAUUUGAUGACGCAACACGCUUUUUGCGCAAAAUUAUGGACACACGAGCGAGCUGACCCCUCUAAAAGUAUGUUCACAACUGACGGGAUUUUCAUCAAUUUAUCGUCAGUGUUGGUGCGUCUGUCGCUUCCAUUUUGUGCGGACUCAUCAGAAAAUGCAAAGUCGUCGAAUAAGUUUCUUAAAAUUGAUCCGACGUAUUGUGCGGCCACAGGUUGCGAGGAUAGAGUGGAGAGAGACGUUCAUUUAGGAGGCCUCCAUAAAGAGACGUGCUUUCUCUCAUUACCCGAAGUAGACCCGCCAACAUUACAAUUAUCGGGAACUUAUAAUUUUAUCUCGGAAUGUUUCUUCGCGGCUCACCGAUCGUUCUGUCUCGGACUUCACGGGUUAUUGGUGAAACUUUACAAACUUAACCAAAUGUUGAGUAAAAUGAGGGAGGUUUACUUGGACAGUUUGGCGUCUGGGAUUGAAGGGGAAUCGGAAGUUAAACAAGUAUUUGAGAAAGCCUUAGCAAACCUCCUAUCCACCAAAGCAACAAUCUACAAUCCAACUUUUGUGAAUAACUGCACGAGGUUCUUUGCAACCACAGCGCAAUUCCUUACACAGGUAGCACUGACAGAAGACCGCACGAAACUGUGUGAGUUCAAACUUCCCCUGUCAGAAACACCUCCAACACCAUUGUAUUACAUUCCUGAAUUUCUCGUCCAAAAUUUGAUUGAUUUCCUGAUUUAUCUGAACCGAGAAAACCCCGAACAAAUGGAGGAUUCGCAAAAAUUUAUUCCAACUUUUAUUUCUUUGAUUGCUGUCUACAUGGGGAACAAGUCGAGAAUGCAGAACCCUCAUCUCCGAGCCACGUUUAGUCAAGCGUUGGAAGGUUUGUUGCCGUUAGAAACUGAGCAAUCAACCGCGACAGUUGAACGACGAAAACAAAGUUUCUCCGAGUUCGAACAUUCGAAAUAUCUCACUACAUGCGUCAUUCAUCUGUUUAUUGAUGUCGAGUUCACAGAUGACCGCGAUCGUUUCGAGGAGAAGUUCAACAAUCGUCGACCUCUCUACCCAAUAUUAAGAUUUCUAUGGAACGAUGAACGCGGGGAAGGAAAGGAGGCGAUAAGGGAACUCGCAAUCGAAGCUGUGUCCAACAUAGAGUCGGCUAAACCUCCAUUGUUAUUGACGUUCGUCAAUCUGUUUCUCAACGAUUCCAUUUAUUUCAUGGAUGAAGCAAUGAAUUACAUGGGGAAGAUAAAGAUUGAGGAGCAAGAGAGAGAUGAGGGAGAAUGGGAGCAACUUCCUCCUGAGGAGAAAAAAGAGAAAGGAAAGAUUCUUGAGCAAUAUGUGGCAACUGCUAGAUUCUACAACGUUAUGUCGGCCGAAACAAUCGAAGCUUUAUCUUACUUAAGCAAAAUGGAGGAAGUCCAAGAAUUGCUGUGUCAUAGUUUGUUGGUCGAUCGAAUUGCAAAUAUGCUGAAUCAUAUUUUAUUGCACUUGGUUGGAUCGAGACAAAACAUGUUGAAAGUCAAAGAUUUCAGUCACUGUGCGUUCAAACCAGCAUUGUUGGUGGAAGGAGUUUGUAGGAUAUAUUCGCAACUACAACACGGCGACACUUUCUGCAUCGCUGUCGCACAAGAUGGACGUUCCUACCAACCUGAUCUUUUCCCAAGAGCGUUCCGUGUCCUUAGGAAGAUAAAUAGUUUGGAACUCAGUUUGAAAAUCCAUAAUUUAUCUUUAAGGAUUGCUGAGCUUGGUAACAAAGAGCAAACGGAGGAAGAACUCUUCCAGGAUGCUCCCGAUGAAUUCUUUGAUCCAAUCAUGGGAACUUUGAUGCGAGAUCCCGUCAUCUUACCUUCAUCUAAGAAGACGGUGGAUCGGUCAACCAUUGCAAGGCAUUUGCUCAGUGACCCCACCGACCCAUACAAUCGAAGCCCUCUCACGAUGGAACAACUGGAACCAGAUCUUCAACUUAAACAAAAGAUAGAAGAUUGGGAGAAAAAUAAAUAACGGCCUCGCAAAAGGGGAUCCAAUAUUUUUAAAGUUUUUAAUUUAUAUUUAAACGUAUUUUCAUUGUAUUGUGCAUGGUUAAGAACCUGCUGUAAUUGCUUUAUCGUAUUAAUCUUCCCAUGUUUCCAACAACAAUACCACUUAGUUAGUACUUUUGCAAUAUUGUAUAAUAGGUUAUUAACUGCCAUAGUUGGAACAUCCUAGUCUAUCCUACAUGUGUGAGAUCCUACAUUGAGGCAUGCCAUGGGACAUACAAUAUAGGCCAGAGUUUGCCAGUAGUUCGUUGAACAACUUUUUGUUUAUCAUGUAAUAUGCAUAAAAGUAGUUUAUACUGUUCUUAUAUAUAUUCUGCUUCAUGCGUUAGAUUUUCAUUGGUAUUUUAGUGUGUGUGGAUACUUUGUCUUGUUCUAUUCUCCUGACACAUAAACAGGCAAUAGUGUAUGUUACAUUAGAUCCCUAAUUCCUCUCUAAGUGUUUCUCAAUCAUUUUUUCUGAUACCACAGUAUUAUACAUACGUACAUAACUAGGCCAUUUUGCUCCAAAAUGUGAACAUUGUUUCUUACAAUAGUUGUGAUUAUAGCCAGCAAAAUGUUUAAAAGUUUGUAAAAACAGUCAAAAGUAUUUCCAGACUACUAAUAGGUUUACCAACAAUAUUAUAUGGUGAUUUGUUAUGGAUUAAAUCUUGGAAAAUCUAAACUUCUCUUGAUAUACUUUUUACUUUCUAUGCAUUCUCUCCUACAGAAAAAUGUAUAAAUUUUAUGUGGUGCGCUAAA